GCCUUCGAUCCAGUCGGGAUGAAGGUUAUCCUCGUGGCAUACUUGGUGGCAUCUCUCCUACUGUCAUGUGUCGCCGUUAAGCGCCAUACGAACAAUUGGGCGGUGGUGGUGGACGCAUCGCGUUUUUGGUUCAACUAUCGUCACAUCACAAACGCCCUGUCGUUGUACCAUUCUGUGAAGCGACUCGGGAUCCCCGACAGCCAGGUUCGAUGUCACACAUGUUGUCGCAUCAGCCCUCUUCACGCGCGAUCCGUAGAUCAUCCUCAUGCUGGCGGACCAAAUGCCAUGCAAUGCCCGCAACUGCUUUCCUGGCAAAGUGUUUGACAGCAACACACACACGACCAACCUAUAUGGCGACGACGUCGAGGUCGACUACCGAGGGGCCGAAGUGACUGUGGCCAACUUCAUCAAGGUCCUCACCGGUCGGCACGAGCCCGGGACGCCCGCCAGCCGCCGCCUCGAUUCGGACGAAGACAGCAAUGUGUUUGUCUUUAUGACAGGGCACGGCGGCGACGGGUUUCUCAAGUUCCAAGACGCCGAAGAACUGUCGAGCCAUGACAUAGCGCAAGCCGUCCAGGAAAUGCACGUGAAAGGCCGAUACAACGAGCUCUUUUACAUGGUCGACACGUGUCAAGCAGGAUCGCUCGCCACGCAAUUGUACUCGCCCAACGUCGUCACCAUAGGCAGCGCCCGGACGGGUGAAAACUCGUACGCGUACCAUACCGACUUUGAGGUGGGGCUAUCGCUAAUCGAUCGGUUCACGUACGCCACGCUCGAUUACAUGCAAUCAAUGCAAGGCCACAAGGACAAACCGACGACGCUGGGCCACUUGUUCGACUCGUAUGACCCGCAGAUGCUCUACUCGAACCCCGACAGCCGCACCGAGCUGUUGGGGCGGUCGAUUUACGAGAUUCCCAUCACAGACUUUUUGGGGUCGGUUCUGCAAAUUCAGCUGUCGCGGGACGAGUACCCCCAACCAAACGACGUUUUCACGACAACGGGGAAACAUGCGACGACGUUGUACGCGCAUUUGUAUCGCUUGGAACGGCCGACGGUUCGAACGGACGACGCAGCGGCAUCGGUGUCGUCGCCACAAGGUAUCCCCAAGGCGGAUCCGGUCGAAGUCGCCGCGUGUGUCGCGGGGCUUGGAGUCGUGCUGUAUGCGAUCACGAAAUUGCCAUUUGCCCAGUCGAUUUAACAACCCCGCAAUGAUGGUGAACAGCGUCACACAUCCCAAGGAAUAAUAUUGUGUGUUUUACUCAAAAUUUCGUCCCGCGAUUGGUUGAAUCAACCGCCGAAUAAUCACUGGACCUUCGAAAUUUCAUAUAAAACUGAGUUUAAGAGGUACCUUUGUGGCUGCAA